AUGCGGACAUAUGUGAGGCGUUCGUUUGUGGCGGUGCAGCUUGCGCUUGGCUACUUUCUGACGACGCUGAUGGUCGUGAUCAACCCAACCCGGGUCUACAUGGCGUGCUGGGCGCCAAUUCAAUUCGCACUAUUGGCCGGUGUUGUCAGUGAGUUUGAAUAUGUGGGAUCACUGCAGCAGGCGGCAAGCGCGGCUAUCGUUGGUCCCUCGUUCGGGGCGACGCUGGCACUCAUUAUUCAGCUUGCUGCAGGGCACUUGCUUUGGCUUCGCAUCAUACUCAAUGUGGUGUUUAUGGCAAUACUGGUGGCGCCUCGGCUCUGUCCUCCCGCCGUAGGCUCUGUGAGCCUUUCACUGAUUGCGUUUGGCGUUGUGGAAAACUAUUUGCAGCUGAGCCUGGACUCAGGACCCGGACACCACGCCUUCAUGUACUCGCACUACAUCCUUUCAACCUGCUUUGCAGCCUUUGUGGGAUUUUUUGUUGCUUUGCUUGUGUUUCCUGUGUCCGUACGUAGCCUUUUUCAUGACAGCGUCGAAAACGUGCUACGCGAGAGUGCUAAGCGCCUGAGUCGUUUGGCGUCGCUUCUCCUGGCUGAUGUGUUCCAGGCGACUCAGAUCGAGAAUGAGUUGCAGGAGCGGCAGAAGGAACAGAUCGCCAACACCUUCGAUGGAUACCAUUCAGCCUCGCCACGAACCUCAGUGGAAAUAAUAAUGGAGCAGCGCUUGUCUUCGUAUGCUCGUAUGGAGACGCUGGGCCGCAGUGAGUCGUCAUUCAGUGCGGAGGCGACGAUUUUUGGCUUCGCGGAAGAGUCCGCGUUACUACAAGGAGGCUCGCUCUAUCUCCAUGGGAGCCUAGUGGCGUUGCAGCGAUUGUUACCGCUAGGCGCCAACGAGCUCACGUACCCGGCACUCUUUUAUCAUGCGCCGAUAACGGACUGGUCGAAAAUCAUCUACAAGUCACGAGACCUGGUCGCACGUAUCGGCGGACUCGAGAGCGUUAUUCUGCAUCGCCGUGGUACCGAGUACCGCGCGGUAGCGAUGCACAGACUGUAUCGAAGUGCCCUUGCAGAUGUAACCAGAUUAUGGGCAAGGCUUGCGAGUGCAUGCAAUUUGCUCGGCUUGCUCGUUCGAGAGAAGGAGGUGCGUUGGUUCCACUGGCCGGAAAACUCACCCCAUGCCCUUACGAUAUUUCGCAACGAGAAGAUUCGAAAGUACCUCGAUGAGGUCAUUGACGAGAAAGAAAUCGAGGCGCUCUGGCGGCGCGUCACAGAGAGUGGCCUCAGUGGCUAUCAGGAGUUUUGGCGUGAUAUGGCGAUUGCAACACACGUCGAGGACUUUAACCGCGAAGUCGAUGUGACCAAGCUCGUCCGCGUCUCGGCGAUUGUGCCCGUCGAGUCGGUACGUGUUGCCUGGUUCAGCACCGUGCUAGUGCAUCGGGUUCUCGACUCUGUCUACGAGUUGCGCGAAUCCGUGUAUCAGUUAUUGGAACGACAGGCGCCGAUGAGCCGGCAAUCGUCGCCCUGGUGGCACUGGGCGCUGAACCGUCUCCGAGAUGCCAGUUGGAAUGUGUUUAUGGCGGUCACGUUCUCGACUCGUGCGAUGUAUAGUUUCUGGAGCGACGUCCUCCGUAAUGUGCUGCAGUACCGCGCUGCGGACUAUCGACGGUUCUGGAAAAAUAAUCAAUGGCAACUCAUAUUUCUCAUCAAGUACUAUAUUAUCAGCACUGCUGCGAUCAUUACUGUGGUUUGUAUUCCGGCGUCGUCGAAUAUUCGACAACAAUGGGAGCCGAUUCUCGGGUACCUGUCGGUGGUGGUGUCCGCUCGACCGACAACGGAAUCGGCUGUGAGUGUGGCGCUCUCCCGAGCAGCCGGGGGCAUCGUUGGUGCGGCUCUCGGCUACCUGGUGCUGGUGAAACCCGCCCUAGCUGUGAACGCUUUUUUUGUGGAUGGUAUUACGGUUGCGAUUGUUUUCGUCAUGUUUUACUGCAACCUUGUCGAUUCCAUGAAAUGGCUACAGUACACAGCUGGCAUUGCUAUUUUCAUCUUCACCGUGGUCUGCAUGUGCCAGUACAGUGCGCCGGUCGAUCACGCUGUCUGGCAAGCCGCUGUAGGCGCAAUGGUAUGCACUGCGAUAGGGGUUGGCGUGAUCAUCCUGUUCACAACGGCCCUGUCACCUCGUAUGGCGAGUCGUGAAUCACGCCGCACCCUUCUCCGCGGAUUUGCUGCCAGCGUCGACGGUGCGAUUGCAUGCUGGGAGGAGAACCUCCGUCGCCACAACUGCGACGAGUUUCUGGAUCGCUUUCAUCAGGCGCUCCAUAAUAUCGAGGCAGCGCCAGCCAAUCCGGCCGUUGAAACGACCACCGAAGAACGAGACAAGGAGGCGGAGGAGGUGCAAAACGUGCGUGUACACGCACACCCGUGGCAAGAGACCAUGGCUAUCAACAAGCACAUUGAGGCGCUGGCGACAAGUGUAGCGAUAUUGAGCAACGCCCUGUCACCGAGUUUCGGCGGCGUGAAUCAGUUCGCCUUGUGGAAAAGAGGCUUCUUUCGACCACCACAGUUUAUCGUUGACGGGAACGUUGCGCUUUGUGUUGUGCUGCUACGACUGGAGGUGCUCAAUAGUAUAGUGAACCGUCCACCCAUUUACGGUGUGCGCUUCUCUGGGGCGAUGUAUCGCCUUUUCCUGCUGGCACUCGAGCCUGAAUUCAGUGCAAUUUUCCGCUCGUUGAUUGAGCUCACAGACGCCCUGCGAGGAUGCCUCGAAUCUCGCGGUAUUCUGGAGGAUCUCUUCGGAUCCGCCGAAGCGCUGCAUAGUGAUGCAAUGCGCCGUUUCGAGAACCGGAAAUGGCUUUUGCAGCUGUGCCUUUCGCGAAAACGAGCCGCUCAAAUGCAAUCCAAGCUGAACGCUUACGAAGGGAAUGGCGUCGAAGUUGCCGACGGAGGUCAGGGCUUCUGCAUCAUGGAGCCCAGUGUGGGUUUGGCACUGCUCAACUUUCGUCGACGACGCGCAGAGCUCUGGUUCCGAAUGCGGCGUCGGGCGCUCCAGAUUGUGCACUACAUUCGUGAUCGUUAUCCCGAGCUCGAAAGUCGACUGGCAGCUCAUAUUGCAAAAAUGGCGCUAGACGAGAGUAGCAGCGCAUCGUUCGCUGAGAUCUACGAACAACUCCUCGAAAACGAGGACUUGGACCGGGGUCCGCAGCUUGCCGCUGUGUUUCCGCUCCUUCGCCGCCUCAUGCAGUUACGGAAUCCGCACUAUCACCGCCACGUGCGCACUCGGGAACCGAGGCUGUCGAUUGCGAGGGAGGCACAAUCCGCGAGUGAAGAGCUUUUACGGAGCUCGCUACAAGAGGAUGACCGCCGCAGCACCUCGCCGCGAGGGAGCACGUCGCCAUCCAGAGCGUCUUUCGCCCAUGCAAGUGAAUCCGUGGCAGCGGAGGAGGCACGCAGCUGCGCACCGGACGCAGAAUUCGCGCAAACAGUGGACCAUGAACUGGAGAAAGAGUUGAUCAUUCUCAACUUUCGGCAGGUCGUCGAGACAAAACUGCUGCGCAGUGCGGAUGCGUCCGCCAGCACUGCGACGCUGCCGAUUGCGGGCGUCCCCAUCGAUGACUUUGUGCACUUCUCGACCUUCAUGUACGGGCUGCGGGAACUUUUUGGGAGCAUUGAUUACGCUGCUCGAGCCAUUGGGUCCUGGACCAGACCGCAUCAUGCAGAAAAGCUGUCGUUGAAACGUGGAAGGCCUUUUUAUUGA